GGGGAAGCAGGAGCCUCACAGAGCCGUGGGAGCAGCACCAGCAGCAGGGACAACUGCCCAAGACGCAGCCGAGGAUGAGAGCGAUUGUGGUGACCCUCGCCCUGGUGUUCCUCACAGGGACCCAGGCUCGGUACUUCUGGCAGCACGAUGACCCUCAGACACGCCUGGACCGCUUCAAGGACAUGCUGAAUAGCUACAUGGAGACCAUCAAAUCCAGUGGCGAGGAACUCGUGGCCCAGUUGGAUGCCUCGGCGAUGGCCAAGCAAAUGGACCUGAAGGUGGGCGACACCCUGGGCUCUCUGAACUCAAAGGUAGUGCAGCUGAAGGAGGACCUGACCCCUUACUACGACGAGGUGCGGAAGACGUGGGACAAGGAGAUGGAGAGUCUGCGGCACGAGAUGACGCAGGACCUGGACAAGGUGCGGCAGAAGUUGCAGCCCGCCCUGGAGCAGUUUGCACAGCAAUGGGGGGCCGAGCUGGAGCUGUACUGGAAGAAGCUGGAGCCCGUGGCGUCCGAGCUGAAGGAGCUGUCGAGGGACAGGGUGGAGCAGCUGCAGCAGCAGCUGUCCCCGCUGGCGGAGGAGGCACGGGACCGGCUGCGCGGGCACAUGGACGAGCUGCGCAAGAACUUGGCGCCCUACAGCGAGGAGCUGCACCAGAAGCUGACCCAGAAGCUGCAGGAGCUGCACGAGAAGGGCGUCCCCCACGCUGCCGACUUACAGGCCCAGGCCAUCCAGCACCUCAGCAGCCUGCGCGAGAAGGUCACGCCCCUGGUGCAGGACUUCAGGGAGCGCGUCACGCCCUACACCGACAGCCUCAAGACCCGCAUCAUCAGCCUCCUCCAGGAGGCCCGCAAGAACCUGUCCUGAGCCCCGGGCCCGCACCCUGCCUCGGGGGCCGUUUGCUCCCGCCCUGGGCAGUGGCUUUGUCCAAUAAACCUGCUUUAAGUUA